AUUUGAUGACAUUUUUAAUGAGUGGCUCAGGAAGAUUUGGCGGUGGUUGCGACUACAUGAAAAUUGGAAGAGAACAUCUUCCAUGGUGGAAAUUGCGCUUCGGGAAGAGAAUUUUCAAGACGUAUUGAAAAAUUUAUUUUUUAAUACGGUAAAGAAGUUUCGAGAACUAGACACGAAGUACGCAAAAAAAGCGAACGGUAUCUUUAAUAAAAGCAGUGACAUAUGGAAUGAAAGAGGCUCUAAAAUGUUUUUGAAAUGUUUAAGCGACAAUUAUGCAAGAUCGGCUCCUGUGGCUAGUACAUCUUCAGCGAUGCGACAUAUUCCACCUAAUUCUAUAUGUAAUGUUUCCACUUCAAAAUAUUGCGUUGCCACAUCUAACGAAUGUUCAUCACUUGAUCCAGUAAAUGUUUCGGAACCAGCCGUGAAUAUUACUGAAGCUACUCUACGAAAAACAGUGACUGAAGAAGUCUUAGAUAUUUGCGAAUCUUUGUCCACAAUAAGAAUGGC